ACAUUUAUAUUGUUAAUGUACAUUUCAUUGUUUUUUGUAAUGUCGGCUGAGCUUUAAUAUAUGUCUUAGUUGAAGUGUACAAAGACAGAGAAGACCAAAGUCCAAAGUCUGGCCAGACAAUAUAAACCCCUUUUUCCCAAUGAAUCUUUAUUCUCUUGUCUCCGGUAUUUGGCGCAGCUAGAAGUGUGAAAUGGCUCAACAUGAAUACAAAAAACUUGGCGACAAAUUCUUCACGUACAAAGGAAUGGUGUUUCCAAUAAAUGUUGUUACCACAGAUUUUAUUGACAGCUUGAAAGAUUUCAAAAUAAGGGAUGAUGAUCUCUUUCUCGUUACUUUCCCAAAAUCCGGUACGGUAUGGACCCAACGCAUAAUUACUUUACUAUUUGAGGAAGAUUUUCCAGACAAAGCAAAUGAAACCACAUUCGAGCAGAUGCCCUGGCUGGAGUUUCGGGAAAAAGACAAAGAUUACGACUCCCGUUCGUCUCCAAGACUCUUCGCUUCUCAUUUACAAGAGCACAUGGUGCCUAAUGAGUUGCAAGAGAAAGGAAAAAUCAUCUACGUCAUGAGGAACCCAAAAGAUGUCAUGGUGUCUUAUUUCCAUUUUGCACAAAAGAUAAAGAACCUGGAACCUUUGGAGAGCUACGAUGACCUGCUGGAUAAGUUUUUCACAGGCUGGAUGAUCGGUGGAUGUUGGUUUGACCACAUCAGAGGAUGGAUCUCAAAUAAAGACAAAUACAACAUCUUGUUCUUGACUUAUGAAGAGAUGAUCAAGGACCUCAGAUCUGCCGUGGUAAAAAUCUGUAAGUUUGUGGGGAAGAAUCUGUCAGACACAGCGAUUGAUAAAGUGGUGGAAAGAACAACGUUUAACAACAUGCAGAAAGACCCCAAAGCCAACUACGAAUUCAUGCCAAAGAAUGUUACAGACCAACCAAAAGGACUCUUUGUGCGGAAAGGAACAGUUGGGGACUGGAAGAACUCAUUAACCGUGGCUCAAAGUGAACGCUUCGACCAGGUUUACCAUGACAGAAUGAAAGACCUUCCUCUUGACUUUAAAUGGGACCUGCAUGAAUGAAAUUAUGCCAUGAAAUGUUAAAAAUCUAAACAAAAAACAAAACAUUUGUUCAAUAGUGUAUAGUAAUGUAACCAUGGUAAACAGUAUGUAUAGUACGGAAAACAUUGAAAUUUACUAAAUAAAAUUUUUAGACUUUUAUUUUGGAAAACUGAAUUGUAUUUCUAAAAUGAACAAAGCCAUUCACUUCUUAUUUUAUUCACAUACAU